AUAACUGAUAGAGAUGCGUGGCCACUGGAUUCAGACUUUUCCAAUUUAGCAUUGGUUGAUCGUGCUGAUCGUAUUUCAAUACCACGUGUCACCGAAUUCUUUCAUCGCUAUCAUCUGAAAAAUAAGGAAAUGAAAAUUUUGGCCAUAGGAACUUUGAUACUUAUUAUUGUGCUACUAAUGCUAUUUGCAUUAAUUCUUAUUGUCACACAAAAUAAGGAAGAUUUGGGUUAUUGUCCGUCAAAUGUUAUGGGAUUUGAUCCUGAAAAUCCUCAUCAGGUAAAAUGGAUGCAGAAUUUAUUGAAUAUAAAAACGCCAAUCAAAUAUGACAAUUCGAGUGUUUCAGCUGCACAUUUCUUCAUGUUAGACGAUUGA